AUGGAGAGAGGAGAUUUUUACUUAAAAGAACAACUGGAGGAUGACCAAUUUAACAGAAGCAUACAAAAUGAGUACAAGCAAAGGUUUAUAGUAGUUAAUGAAAAUGAAGAGCAUGUGGAGGAGGCCUCGUUGGAGGCUCCAUCCGGAAGAGGUUCCCUCAGCGAAGCGAAGCAACCACCCCUGAAGCAAUACGUGUCUCCAUUUAUUGACCUGGGGAAAAGAUUUUACUCUUCCAUGACCCUGUUAUACGAACCCAAGUUAAUUCACUUGUCUGUCUUGUUGACCACCCUGUGGGCUUUUAAAAGCAUAAAGUGCAUAAACCAGUUGCUCAUUCAUAAGUAUGCUGACCUGCAUUAUCAAAUUACUCGCCCCGAUUCACUGAGGAGUAGGUACAGAGCAUUCAAGGUGUUAGCACUUGGGGGAUCCGUUCUCCCCGCAUCUUUUAUUGGUUUUACUCUGUACGAUUAUUACUGGGGCAGGACUAACUCGGUGUUCGUUCCUAACAACGAGGGAGGGGUCUCCCCGGAGAAGAAUACCUCUCCCCUUAUCCCGUACACCCUGCGGAGGGACAUAUCGAGGAAGAUGCGCCUGCUGAAGGAGAGAACCCUUUUCUUCGCAAAGGACCUGGCCGAGAAUAACAAUUUUAAGAGGUUGUCAAGGGAGUACCACAGGAGCCUCGACCGGCGCCUGCAUGGCCUGAGCGAAAAGAAGGGCCCUGUGGAGUAG